AUUACACACACCAACACCAUACGUCAUUUGCGCAGCUAGUGACGUGCGCUAGGCGAAUAGCGCCUUCGUACGUAUCUUUCAGUGGGAACAUGUCCCAAGGGAUGGGUUAGAUUCUCGGCGGAAAAAAAAGGGAAUGCUACAUUCUGUAGUGUAGCCGCUUUAGCUUGGGACCAUCAUGUCCGGAUUUGGGAGUUGCCCUGCGGAUUGUACACGCGAUCCAGCCCGAGCCGAUCUUCCUCGAGCAACACGAGUGUCCUCUCUUCCUCCCGUGUCCACAAAUGAUCAUGCCGAGCUCUGACGGUAGGACGUGCAGGACAUUCACACUCUGUGAAGAGCCGACGACGUGUUGCAGUCGAGGAGGGGACGCGGCUGUCAGUUCUGCUUUGAAUGCACCGUGUCAUUAAUUUCUCACUCAGUGACGGUAGAUAUUAGCUUGUCCUCCAGAAAGCUCCCGUGUCACACUUCUUCAUUCACCUUUUUUUUUCUGUUGGUAAUGACGAUCGAACGGUUAUUUUAAUUCUGGUCAUUUCAAACUCCUCUCAUCAUGAUCCGAACCCCGGCGGUCGCUUAGUGCGAGGCUAAGGCGGGUCAACCGUUUGGAAGGAUAUGGGAAAGAAACCGGAACCGAUGCGUUGGAUCUUGGCAAGGCAUCGUCAAAAUACAGGGCAGUGAUGCCUGGAAUGGUGAUGUUUCGGCGGCGCUGGUCAGUUGGCAGUGAUGACCUGGUGUUGCCCGCCCUCUUCCUCUUUUUAAUACACUGCAUUUGGUUGGUUGUUCUGUCUGUGGUUCUCUUUGGCCUUCCGUAUGGCUCAGAACAGCCUUGUUCUUUGACACUGGUGGAUCAUGGCCGAGGGUACUUGGGCAUCCUGGUCAGCUGCCUUAUAUGUGAGAGUGCUAUCAUGUGGUUGAGCAUGAGGGGCAGCAUUUUGCACACCCAGCCCAGAGAAGCUGUGCAAUAUGUCAUCUAUAUACGACUAACUAUUCUGUUGGUGGAGCUCGCAUAUGCUGUUGUAGGAAUUGCCUGGCUUGUCCAGUAUUAUCAGCCGUGCUCUGAUGUCACAGCCAAAAACUUGGCGUUAGGCAUUGUUUCAUGCAACUGGCUGGUGAUAUUAAGCGUUUGUAUCACCCUCAUGUGCACCUUUGACCCGACGGGUCGCACGUUUGUAAAGCUGAAAGCAACACGCCGCAGACAGCGCAACCUCACCACAUAUACUCUGAGACAUAGAUUAGAAGAAGGCCAAGCCAGCAGCUGGAGCAGGAGGCUGAAGUUUUUCAUGUGCUGCACCAGAGCCCAGGAUACACAGUCGGAUGCUUACUCAGAAGUGGCGAGCCUUUUUGCAGAGUUCUUCCGAGAUCUUGACAUUGUGCCCAGUGAUAUCAUUGCUGGCCUGGUGCUCCUGCGCCAGAGACAAAGGGCUAAGAGGUCGGCUAUCCUUGACCAGGCCAACAAUGACAUUUUAGCAUUCUUGUCAGGAAUUCCUGUCACUCGUAACACUAAAUACCUGGAUUUGAAGAAUUCGACUGAGAUGAACAUGUACAAAGAUGUGUGCUAUUAUAUGCUCUUUGCCAUGGCUGCAUACGGCUGGCCCAUGUAUCUGAUGAGGAAUCCUGCUUGUGGGUUGUGUCACCUCGCCAGCUCCUGCCCCUGCACGUCUGUUUCUGGCUCUCGGUUGUCUCAGUCAGUGACCGUGGAGGAGGACAACUGUUGCGGAUGCAAUGUUCUUGCCAUCCGCAGGCAUUUCCUAGACAAGGAUCUCAAGCAGGUCCACAUAGUCUACACUUCCUGCCAUGAUGCUGUUUACGAAACUCCAUUUUUUGUGGCAGUGGACCAUGUAAAAAGGAAAGUUGUCAUCAGUAUCAGAGGAACCCUUUCACCAAAGGAUGCCUUGACUGAUUUGACGGGUGACUCUGAGCGUUUGCCUGUGGAGGAGCAGCAUGGCACCUGGCUUGGCCACAAGGGUAUGGUUUACUCAGCUGAAUACAUUAAGAAGAAACUGGAGCAGGAAAUGAUCCUGUCACAGGCUUUUGGAAGAGACCUGAGCAAGGGCACCAUGCACUAUGAGCUGGUGAUAGUUGGACAUUCCCUUGGAGCAGGCACUGCUGCUAUCCUCUCCUUCUUGCUGAGACCUCAGUACCCCAACCUUCACUGCUACUCUUACUCUCCCCCUGGGGGCCUCCUUAGUGAGGAUGCCAUGGAGUAUUCAAAGGAGUUUGUCACAGCUGUGGUAUUGGGCAAAGACCUAGUACCAAGGCUCGGUCUGUCACAACUGGAAGGUUUCCGAAGACACCUUCUGGAAGUGCUGCAGAAAAGUAACAAGCCGAAGUGGAGGAUCAUUGCAGGAGGCACCAAGUGCAUUCCCAAAUCCGAGCUUCCAGUGGAAGAUGAUCCUCAGCCUGCACCACCACCCAACAGUCGUCUGUGGCUUCACCCCAGUGACCUCAGCAUCGCCCUGUCAGCCUCCACUCCUCUCUACCCCCCUGGCAAAAUCAUCCAUGUGGUGCACAACCAUCCACCAGAGACCUGCUGUGGGCAGGAGGAGCCGACCUACUCGGCUCUGUGGGGAGACAACAAGGCCUUCAACGAGGUCAUCAUAUCACCCGCCAUGCUGAAUGAGCACAUGCCCCACAUGGUGAUGAAGGGCCUAAAUAAGGUGCUGGAGAACUACAAUAAAGGCAAAACAGCUUUACUGUCAGCAGCCAAGAUCAUGGUGAGUCCCACAGAAGUGGACUUGAACCCAGAGACCCUGUUUAUGGAUGCAUCAGCAAACUCUCAGCAGCCGACGCCUACAACCCACCACCGCAGGAACAGUAGUGUUCGACAAAAACCAUUAUUACGUUCUUAUGCCCAAUCUGAAAUAUCUCUGGAUGGUUUCUCUGAGUGCCCACCUCCACCAGUGCCUGUAGUGUUGCGUGGAGCGCGGGAGCGCCUGGCGGUGGAGCUGAAGGACCGCAAAGCCCCGCUGGCUGUCAUGGAGAGCCUCUCGGACGCAGAGUCGCUCUAUAGCCUAGAUUCCCGGCGCUCUUCAGCGGCACUGAGGGGUUCACCAAUGCUGGGUAGCUUGCCGUUCCCUUUGGAUGCUCCAAUUCCAGAGGAGAACCCAUCUCUCAGCUCUCGCACUGAGCUACUGGCAGCAGACUGUCUCUGUCAGGCAUCACCGGAACACCUCGGUGAGGUUGGACCUUUCUUUACUCCAGUGGAAACCACAUCCACCCCUGAUCACCCCAUGCGUCUCUCUCCCUCAACACCUCGCUACAGUGGACACCAUUCGCCGGCUCUUCUCGGCCAGAGCGUCUUGGCUCAACCUUUCCAACCGCAGCCUAAUUCCAGCCUAUCGAUGUUUCCCGAUGGAGACCAGAUACCCAGUGUCUACAGUCCAGGGACCACCCCAAAUGCUCCCCUCAGCCCUCAGUUUGGCUCUAGACCAGCUGAUGGGGAAAAAGCAUCCUGGGACCGGGAGAUCACUGAUAGAUUGUUAGGUGCAGGAACCACACAGGGAGUGUCCGUCCCUCCACCGCAGCUGUCUAAUGGAAACCCCAGCCAGGCAGUGCUGGAGUUCGCACAGUACCUGGACUCUCUUUUCAGACUGGACGGGAGCAGCUCGCCACCUCUUGAGCUCUCAGAUGGGGAGUCUGAGUCUGGCCGGGGCUCUUUUGGCCAGGAAGAAGGAGCAGAUGGAGACGUGCAGCAGUUUGAUGAGAAACAGCUUCUGGCCAGAGCAACGCUGGAGCCAAACCUUGUUCCAAAGCCCCCACGCACAUUUGCUGAAUCUGCUGAUCCUUCUUCAGGAAUUUCUUUGUCCCCCUCCUUCCCUCUUUCAUCGUCUGAGGAGCUUAAUGACCUUUCUCCAAGUGAAGUUCCCCCGCCAGUCAUCCACUCCUUACGGACAUCCACCCCUUGCCACUGCCCUGAAGAGAACACACUAUCAUCCAUGGUUUAGUGUGACCUGAGGACUUCAGCCUCUAUUGAGGUGGGAGAGUCUAAACCUUAAAACAUAUCAUGGAAAAAGCAUGCAAUGGAAUCCAGCUACCUUUCACAAAAGGCCCACAAAAGCCCAGCUCCUACAGUAUCCAUUCUUCAGGUGUCCCUUCAGUCUAUAGCCUUUUCACAUUAUUGCAAUGACACAAAAAGUAAAUACCUCUCUCUGCAUGUCAAGGGGCUGUGCUGCUUUUGGGUGUACAUAAACAACUGUAGCUUCACAAUGCCAUUCUGACAUGAUGUGUUGCCCCUGAGGGUAAGUAUCUGCAUUACACCUGAUUCCUGAUUUAAUAAUAACAAAGGGAGAAGCACUGUCACUGAGCAGGGAUAGGUAAUGCUGUUUAAAAGAAAAAUGGUUAGAGUCGGCACAUCAUCUGGGCUGAUGAACUGUGCAACUCCCUGCCCCACCAGAAACCUGUCCAGCUUAUUUUAUUUUUAUUUUUUUACUUCUCAAAAUGUGAAGAUGGAUAUAUUUGUCAAUAAAGUGAGAACACAUGACGACAUGUUGCUCAGGUCUACAGGGAACUGGCUUUGAGAAAGAGAGUGUCAUGUUGGUGGGAAUACGUGUCUUAAACUUUUAGUGAUUGUGAUAAAGUUAAUAUAAAUGCCUAUGGAUGUCUUGAUUUACAUUUUGUAAUGCAUGAUUUUUUUUAUUUUAAUUUAAUUUAUUCUUGAGGAGAAUCUGUCACUAAGCCACUUGUGUUCUUUGGGUUUGUUGAUACACAUCUUAAAGCUAAUUUUGACCUUUUUUGCCAAAAAAACAAUCCAACAAAACUUUUUAAAAAAAUGCAUUGUCUUGCCAAAUGUAUUUAUAAAAUGUAUUUUUAACAUGUAUUUUGCUUUAUUUAAAUGAAGGUUCAGUUCAUUCUCUACUGUAAGAACUCUCCUAUGUAGACUGUUAGUCAGCAGCACUAGGGACAUGAUGCCAUCCAGACAUAAAAAAAAAAGACACUGCCCUGACUUUCAUGUCAAAGACACAACCUCUGCACGUUGAGUUUGAGCAGGUAACAAACUAGAUCAAAGUCAUACUCUGCAAUUAUCUUUGUAAAACUCUUAGCCACAUGCCCAGGUCAGAUUCUGCAUGCUUUGUACAAUGAAAUUAGCAUGGUUGGUAUAGAACAAGUCUUGUUAUUAAGCCACAGUGAAUAAGCUCCAACCAUCUUCAUCACAUAGACUCCUAAUAGCAGGUGAGCGGGUCACCAGAUGGGACCAAACUGCAGGUUGGAAAGGGUUCCAGGAUGUCGCUUCUUGUAGUUCUGAAGGUGCUCGAAAGUUGUUUUUUGGACGUCAAGGCGUUUGCUUCCCUUUAAUCUGGUUCACCUCAGACAUCCUGAACAUUGGACUGACUGAACGGAUGGGCCCUGGCCAUUAAUUCCAAACCAUCUUUGUUGCACACAAUCUUCCAUACCACUCUGGGUAUAACAGGUUGUUCAGUUAUUUAUUAAGAGUUCUUGUUGUCACUUUCAUUGGUGUAUUUGACUGUAUUUUUAUUCUUAUUACAUCAGAUUGGUUUGAUGUCUGUGAUUUUUAGAAGUUUUUAACGACAGUGCGGGGAAAUCUUUUUGGAUUUUUUCCUAACUGUAAGGCGUUCUGGAAAUACGAUUUUUUUUCUGUCUUAGUGAUGAUUGACAUUCUGUCAUAUCAUGGUGACAAAAGCUUUUUUUUUUUCUCUCUCCCCCACACACACACACACAUACAAAUGUGUCAAAGUUGUGAGACAUGCUGUAGAGUGACAGCCUUCUCACAGUGGUAUUUGGUGAAACGACACUAUCAAGCUUGGAGUCACCGAAAUAAUCUCUUUGGUUGGAACAGGAUUUAUUGAGGUUACGCAUGGCAGACAGUUCCAGCCAUUUACAGUCUGAAAACACUUUGAUGUUAAUGCUGUAGCUUAGCUCGCAGCUUGUUUUUCACACACACACACAGAAAAAUCACCUGAAAAAUGCAGUUUGUUGCACGGUGAUGUGUACUGCACUGUCUUCUGUGUGUACUUACUUCUGCAGGUGUCUAUGAAAUGAUAAACUCCAAUAAUCAUGUAGAGAACAAAUGUAUAUCAAGAUGACAAUUAUAUUAAAAGAUAUCAAUAUUGAUGUUUACAAAAUGUUUUUCAGCUUAUUGGCAGAUGGGUAAAUUUAGUCAGCAUUGAAAAGAAUAAUUCAACUGUGUCUUGUCCAUGUUUAUCUGGUUGCAUCUUUUUAUUUCUGUCCCUCAAUAAGAAUGUAAUUGAUCCCUCCCCCUGCCUGUAAUGGAAUAAAUUACAAACUAUGAAAACUGA